AUGGCCUCCCCCGGCAAUGACCACGCCGCCGGAGAGAGCAACGGCGACAACUGCCACGCCGCCGCCGCCGGAUCUGAGUCGAACGGCGGAGUCCGCGUCGGAUCUGGUGACCCGACUUCUGCGGCGGCAGAUCCGGCGGUGGUGCCGCCGUCGAUCUCCCCUCGCCGGCGAAUCGCGCUGGUCACGGGGAUUACGGGGCAGGAUGGAUCGUACUUGACGGAGUUCCUGUUGAAGAAGGGCUACGAGGUGCACGGCCUCAUCCGUCGGUCCUCCAACUUCAACACGCAGCGGCUCAAUCACCUCUAUAUCGAUCCACACAACUCCACCAAGGCGCUCAUGAAGCUACACUAUGCCGAUCUCACCGAUGCCUCCUCGCUCCGCCGCUGGAUCGACGCCCUCCUUCCGGACGAGGUCUACAACCUCGCCGCACAGUCGCACGUCGCCGUCUCCUUCGAGGUCCCGGACUACACCGCCGAUGUCGUCGCCACCGGCGCUCUCCGCCUUCUCGAGGCCGUCCGCUCCCACCUCGCUUCCCACCCAGGCAGAUCCGUUCGCUACUACCAGGCCGGCUCCUCGGAGAUGUUCGGAUCUACCCCGCCGCCCCAGUCCGAGACCACGCCCUUCCACCCCCGCUCCCCCUACGCCGCCGCCAAGGUUGCCGCUCACUGGUACACCGUCAACUACCGCGAAGCAUACGGUCUCUUCACUUGCAACGGCAUCCUCUUCAACCACGAGUCACCCCGCCGCGGCGAGAAUUUCGUCACUCGGAAGAUCACCAGGGCCGUCGGCCGCAUCCGAGUGGGCCUCCAGAGCAAGCUGUUCCUCGGCAACCUAACCGCCUCGCGGGAUUGGGGCUUCGCCGGCGACUACGUGGAGGCCAUGUGGUUGAUGCUGCAGCAGGACAAGCCCGACGACUAUGUGGUCGCCACCGAGGAGUCUCACACCGUGGAGGAGUUCCUCGAGGUCGCAUUCGGCUACGCAGGCCUCAAAUGGAAGGACCACGUCGUGAUCGACAAACGCUACUUCCGACCGGCCGAGGUGGACAAUCUCAAAGGAGACUCCUCCAAGGCCAGGCGGGAGUUGGGGUGGAGGCCCAAGGUGAGCUUCCAACAGCUGGUCCAGAUGAUGGUAGACGAGGACACGGAGCUCGCCAAGAGGGAGAAAGUUCUUGUCGAUGCAGGGUACAUCGAUCCCCACCAGCAGCCCUGA